UGAACAGGGUGCUACAUCCAGUCCUACUAAUGGAAGAUCCAUGGACUCCACACAUCUGUAUGAUGUUCUGUUGACAAGGCCACUGAAAAGCGUCUCAAGGAUAAUGCCCUUUCUCCCCCAUCUACAUGAAGUGGUGCUCAGUUUUGUGGAGUUUCGAGUACUUUUUUGGAAUAUCAAACCUGACAAGUAAAUUCUUACUUCUGGAAGGCUGAACAGGACUGUAUCGAUCUUCUCUCUGGCUGAAUCACUUCAUUUCUUUCAUCGUUUGAUUUGCGUGAACGAAUCUUGGAUGAUCUUGACAAGAACAAGCUGGUAAACUACACCACAGACUCAACUUUGAAAUCUUGAAAAACCGUGUCCUUAUUUGUUUCCACCCUCAACCAUGGCAGAUUGGGGUUUUCUCAGUGAACUAUUCGGCUCACUGCAGGCACACUCUCCCAUGCUGGGUCGUUUCUGGCUGCUCCUCAUGCUGGUCUUCAGGAUGCUGAUCCUCGGUACAGUGGCUAGCGACAUGUUCGAUGAUGAGCAAGGGGAGUUUUCCUGCAACACAUUACAGCCAGGAUGCAAACAAGUUUGCUACGACCACGCUUUCCCUAUUUCCCAGUACCGCUUUUGGGUCUUCCAUAUUGUGCUCAUCUCCACCCCUGCUCUAGUGUUCCUCAUGUAUGCCAUGCAUCACCAUAAAAAAUACAAGGCUCUCCAAGGCCCCACCAACAGUAUUCUGGAAGCAAAGCAGAAACUCCACCUCAAACGUCUCUACCUAAUCAACGUGGCUUUCCGGAUGUUGUCUGAAGUGGGGUUCCUUAUUGGACAGUGGAAGCUGUAUGGCUUUCGUGUCGAGGCUCAAUUCCCCUGCAGUCACUUCCCUUGUCCCUACACUGUGGACUGUUUCACCUCCAGACCUAUGGAGAAGACAGUCUUCUUGCUCUUCUACUUUGUCAUCGGAAUUCUUUCAGCUGUAUCCAGCCUGGCUGAAUUCUUUCACAUCAUCUUUAAGUGGUUCACGAAGAGUAGAGAUGGCUUAAAGUCUUCGGUUAAGGAAGAUACUGAAAUUCAGGAAAAGGCUGGCAAGAGGUAUAUGACCCAGCAUGAGAACCACCAAGCAAGUGCACUGAAGCCAGGCAGAACCAAGGAAAUGCUGCAGUUUCCAAGGACUGGUAGGACCGAAAGGUCAAGAAUGAACAGCUCAAGGAAAUCCAGUAUCGGACGCAAGAGCCUUGGAGAAAACCAUCAGAAAAGUGCUGAACUGAUAGUGUGAGGUCAAAAUUUUCUAAUGUGAUAAGUGGUGCAUACAAGUCUAUUUGCUGCAUUUCCACCAAUAUAGAUUCACAAGAAUUUAAAUAAAAAAGGUCACCUGCAUGGAGAAAAAUUUGGUCUGAAAUGUAACCAUACUUUAAAUUAUGUAUAGAAUUUACAACUCUUCUAUCCAACUAUUUUUGUAGAUUGAUGGUCAGGUGUUGAUUAAAUGUUUAUAGCAACAACUCUGACAGUAGUGAAACUGCAAACCAAAGCUUUAUAUUAAAUGUGCUUGUUCCAUUUUAUACAGCGCAUUAAACAAACUGUAAUUUUUGAUAUAGUGAAAUUGUGUGCAAGAUGCUUGUUCAACAUUUAUGGAAUGAAUAAAAGUAUCAGUGCUUUGUAA